AUGUCUCUUUCCUCGCUGCUUCUCGGGCAAACCAAAACUUUAAUUGACAAAGAAUUGGAUAGUCUAUUUCAAAACCCAGUUGUCAAACCUGCUAUCCCUGGUCCAUCAAAAAGUACACCCACACCGGUAAAGAAACGAAAACUAGAUGAUGUGAAGGAGGAACUAGAUUCCUCGGUAAAACGCGUAAAGUCUUCGAUAAAGACAUCAGACUCAAAUACGAACGAUGUGGAGAAACCUAAACCUGAAGCUAAGGUUGUGAAGAUCCAAAAACCCAAAAAAGCCGGGAAAGGAAAGGCGAAGGAGAUUGAACCAGACGCAACAGAUUCAGAGGAUGAUGAAAAACUGGAGGCCGCAUAUUUGAAAGGUCAAGCUGCUUCUAAAACGGGAGACAAGGAAGUAGUCUCGGAAGAAGAAGACGAGGAGGACGUCGAUCCAUCUACAUUGGUUCACGAAUCAAUCAAAAAGUCGAACAAAAAAUCUCGAGCACCAAAAGUUAAAUAUGCCCCUUCUGAAGAGACACCCGAACUCAGGGACCAACGCACUGUCUUUGUUGGUAAUCUACCACUCGAUGUCGCUUCUAAAAAGCCCUUGAGUAAACAACUCCAACGUCAUAUUCUUUCAUUCCUCCCCACCGCUAAAAUCGAGUCUAUCCGCUUCCGUUCAAUACCCUUCCAAGCACCAACAACAAAACUUCCUACCUCCGACGAUGAAAGCAAUAUUUCCAAACCAAAAUCCGCCGCCAAAAAAGAGACAAGACAACACAUUAAAGAUCGUACUUCUACCUGGCGGUCGACACUGGACGAAAAAGAUGAAGAUGGUUUGCAGAAAGAUGAAAAGCGCUUCCUCAAUCCCUCCCAGAAGAAGAAAAUCGCGUUUAUUAACCAUGAAUUCCAUUCGACGGCCGAUAGCGUCAAUGCCUACAUCGUCUUUGCGCACCCCCCAAAUCUAGAAGGACGUCCUGCUAAUUUGCCUCCACCUCCACCUACAAUGGAUCCGUACGAGGCCGCACGCCUCGCAGCGAAGAAAUGCAACAAUACCCUUUUUAUGAAGCGCAUGCUCCGGGUAGACUUGGUUGGCGAGAAUGCGCAUGGCAAAGCCGAUAAUGAGGCUGUUAAGGCACCAGCCAAUUUGGGCACGGACCCGCGACUUUCUGUAUUUGUCGGUAAUCUGGACUUCGCGAGCAAGGAAGAAGACCUCCGAGUCUUCUUUGAAGGGGUCGUUAGCACUGAGCGAGGACCACCGCCUCCUUUGCAGGAACAAGACGGCGAGGAUACUGCAUCGAAGAAACCGGCAACCUGGGUUACGGGAGUGCGUAUAGUAAGAGACAAAGAUUCACAGCUUGGAAAGGGGUUUGCUUAUGUGCAGUUUGCGGAUAGAGAAUGCGUUGAUGAAAUACUAGCGCUUGAAGAAACAAAACUCAAGUUUGCGAAACGCAAACUACGCGUUCAGCGUUGUAAAAUCGGUGGAAAACAAGCUCCCCAGUCGAAAGCAUUUUCUACCGCUACUGCAAUCGAAAUCCCCAAAGGCGAUCCACGACUGGGCGAAAGACUUCAUGGACUGCCUAAAGAAGAACGCAAGCAGCUCAAGUCGUCGGACGCUGAUCGUGUAGCAAGGAGGUUGGCAAAAAAGAAGGCGAGGAAUGCCAUGAAGCCUUCUGUCGGGAAAAUGGCGAAAAGAAAAGGUGGAAAGGAUCGGAAGGAUCGGAAAAGGGUGCGCUCUUCGUAG